CCUCUCCCCACACACCUAUUUAUGCUGCUGCGUCGCGACUUCUGCCACACGCCAGCGGUUAGCCGAGGUACAAGUAUCCACUGAGAAGUCUGCUUAAAGUUGUUUGCCAUGAAGACUGCUCUCAUUACCGGCAUAACGGGACAGGAUGGCUCAUAUCUGGCUGAGCUGCUCAUCGGCAAAGGUUACCAGGUGCACGGCAUCAUCAGGCGCGCCUCCACUUUCAACACUGGCAGGAUUGCUCACCUCUACGAUGAUCCUAAGAUCCACAAGAACGGACGCAUGCAGCUUCACUACGGGGACCUGUGUGACUCUGCCGGCCUCGUCAAGAUUAUCUCCAAAGUGAAGCCUGACGAGAUCUACAACCUGGCAGCUCAAAGCCACGUCAAGGUAUCAUUUGACCUGGCAGAAUACACCGGCAACGUGGACGCCAUGGGAACACUGCGGCUACUGGAUGCCAUUCAGACAUGUGGGAUGGACAAGAAUGUGAAAUUCUUCCAAGCUUCUACCUCAGAAAUGUUUGGCAAGGUACAAGAAGUGCCACAGAAGGAAAGCACUCCGUUCUACCCAAGAUCCCCUUAUGGGGUGUCCAAAGCCUACGCUCACUGGAUUGUCGUGAACUUCCGUGAAUCGUACGGAAUGUUUGCAUGCAAUGGUAUAAUGUUCAACCACGAGUCUCCAAGGCGAGGAGAAACAUUUGUCACGCGUAAGAUCACUCGCUCCGUGGCUAAGAUUCACUUGGGACACCUGGACAAACUUGAACUUGGAAUCAUUGACUCUAAAAGGGACUGGGGACAUGCCAAGGAUUAUGUGGAGGGCAUGUGGAUGAUCCUUCAACAAGACAAGCCUGAGGACUUUGUCUUAGCUACAGGGAGAGUCCACUCAGUCAGACAGUUUGUGGAAACAGCCUUUAAAGAGAUCGGAAAGGAGAUCUAUUGGGAAGGAUCAGGUUUGGAUGAGGUCGGCAAGGAGCGUGACACGGGUAUUGUUCGUGUUUCCAUCAACCCAAAAUUUUAUCGACCAGCGGAAGUGGAUAAGCCAAGCUGCCCGGUGCGCUCCCCCCAGCGGGUUGGCGAACCGCCAGUUGAUAACACACCGGACGACUUUCUACAAGGGGACGCAUCAAAGGCCCUGCGGAAGAUGGGAUGGAAACCGACACUUACUUUUGAGGACCUGGUGAAGGACAUGGUCGAACAUGACAUUGAACUGAUGAAGAGCGAUCCAACAGCCUAAGAUUUGCCUCUGUUCUCCACUUUGAGAAACAAUUGUGUUAGUGGAUGAUAUUGUCUCUAUGUAUCAUUUUUUUUAUUUCUUUUAGUAUUUGAUUUUUUUUUCACCACCAGUUUGUAAGUGUUUAAUGAUGAACAGGAAAUGGAUUGGCUACAAAGUAAUGGAAACGAAAUUCUGGAAAUCUUAUAUUCAGGGAUAAUUUUAAUUUGUGGGAAUAAUGUAAGUUUGCCUGAACGCCUCGAUGACGCAGCAGCGCUGUCAUGUUUUUUUUUUUUUUUCUUUAUUCCACUUUUACUAGUAUGUUUUGUUUGCUUCUCUUGCUGUAAAAUUAAACUUAUAUUCCUUU